CCAGCAUCACGUGAAUACACCAUACGUGUCCAAGGUACAAUUAGCCCGGUGCUUAUCUCCGACAAACGUCUCUACAAAUAGUUCAGACUGGGGGGGAAAAGACACCCUUAAUACACGCGAAGCUACUUCGUGAGGGUCCUACAGGACCGCAGGUGUAGUUUCAUCACAGAGGACUGAGUCGGACGGGUUCAGUGUUUCCCCUCGGCACCAACUCCAGGAGCUAGCUUGUUUCGCUGCAGCAGCAUGGCAGGGCCGCAGAGGAAGGGAGAGCUCCUGCCCGAAGAUGUCGGCACAGACGACUGCCUGACCUCGUACACACACAUCUACAGUCCAGAUUUACUAAAGGAUCAGGUUGCUUUCAUCACAGGUGGGGGAUCUGGAAUUGGACUCAGGAUAGCGGAAAUCUUCAUGAGGCAUGGCUGUGACACAGUGAUUGCCAGCAGGAACUUGGACAAGCUCAAAGAGGCAGCUAAAAAGCUGUGUGCCGUGUCCGGACGCCGCUGUCUCCCUCUGUGUCUGGACGUGAGGCAGCCUGAGAGCAUUGCGGCGGCUGUAGAUGAGACACUGAAAGAGUUGGGUCGCGUUGACAUCCUUAUUAACAAUGCUGCCGGAAACUUUCUCUGCCCGGCUACCUCACUCUCCUUCAACGCCUUCAAGACUGUGAUGGAGAUCGACACUAUGGGCACAUUCAACACCAGCAAGGUGGUUUAUGAGAAGUGGUUCAAGGACCACGGUGGCAACAUAGUUAACAUCUCUGCAACACUUGGAUACAAGGGGCAGGCCCUCCAGGUGCACGCAGGCUCUGCCAAGGCUGCAAAUGAUGCCAUGACCAAGCACCUGGCUGUGGAGUGGGGGCCCAGUGGGGUGAGAGUCAACUCUUUGGCUCCAGGUCCAGUCUCUGGCACUGAGGGAUUCCGCAGACUGGGUGGCCUUAGAGCUGAUACCACUGCUGCCUUCCAAUCCAUUCCUGUGCAGCGAGCAGGCAACAAGACGGAGAUGGCCCACUGCACUCUCUUCCUGGCAAGCCGGGCGUCCUCGUAUGUUACUGGAGCCAUCCUGGUGGCGGAUGGCGGGGCCUGGUUGACCUCGGCCAAUGACAUCUCCAUGAUGUUGGGUAUAGCCUCCUCUAAAUCUGCUAAACUCUGAACAGGGGCUCUCCUGUCCUCCUCCUGACCCAGGUUAUUGGUCAUCUGAAAUGAAAAGAGAGAAGUAAAUGCUGCAGACAAAAGAGUCAUUAGGGGCUAUCUGCUGUUGUUUUGCUGGAGGAGUUGCACACUAACAUACUGUACUUACUGUAUUAUAGGUUAUGAUUUUCCACCCUCUACACUGCUGUGCCUUAUUAUGCAUUUCAAUUACAGUCAUGUUUAUCACAUGCAAAUAUCAUGAGGCCUUUCUAUAUUUGUCCUUUAUUAAUAAAGCUGUCAGAACUAGUUAAUGACUAGUUUCCAUUCAA